UGAAUUUGUAAUCAACCGAUCAUCAUCAUCAUCGUUUUCUGUCUGAAAAUUACAUACGGUUCUAGGGUUUAUCUGCUAGGGUUUAUGAGGGUUUGAUCAUCAUAUAUAAUUCAUGUUCAUUGAUUACUUUGCUGCUGCUAAUAAUAAUUGUAUGAUAUAUUUAGGUGUAGAAGAAGAAAUAUGAGGAAUGUGUUUAUGGAUCUAUCCAUCAGGGGAGGCCCUGCUAAAAGAUUAUUCUUCCAGCUUCUUUCUCUCUACUAUGAAGCAGCCGAGAUUUUUCGAGCCCUCUGCACAGGGGAAAAGGGGGUUGGAGAAAAAACUGGAAAACGAUUGCACUACAAAGGAACUAGAUUCUUUUGUAUUUUUGCACACCUUGGUAUGAUGGGAGGUGAUAUCGAGAAUAACGACGGCAGUGGUGGGAAAAGCAUCUAUGGAGGAACAUUCGAAUCUGAAGGCAUUGCGGGACUCUUUGGAGAGGCUACCAGUGGGCCCGGUGUAGUACUGACUCUACCUCAAGGAAAUUACCAUCAAAUUGGAUCUAAGUUCCUUUUAUGCUUCAAGCAAGACCGGCUUCUUGAGGGACAAGAAAGAAUUUUUUGCCCAAGAAACCCCAAAGUAGUUCAGACAAGAAAGAAUUGCCUGCUAGCAAUCCAGACGAGGGGUCGGAAUCCAGAAAGCGGUCGAAGAAAAGUGAAAGCCCAAUCUCUGAAGAUAAACAGAACAAUGUGACAGAGUCUGCUAAAGAGUACGAGGCCAAGGCGUCGAGGUUGCAAUACAAUUCAGUUGAAAUGAAUGCUGAGAUAUCGGAACUGAAGCAAACUGUUGAGGAAUUGACGAAUACAAUUCGCCAACUCGAGAGGAAGAGGUCGAAAUCGAAGGUAGAUUGGCAGGUGAUUGCAGCGAUGAUUUUUGCUGGAGUUGCGUACUUCCGUCAAGAAAAGUUUCAAGUGGUCUACAGGCAGCAUUCGAACCACUAAAACUAGUUGUAUACCAGUAUGGUCAUCAUAGUCAUAGUCUUUUUCGAAUAACGAUAAAUAGCCGACUCUAGUUUUAUAAAUAGCGAUACACUAGAAAAAAAUUCGUAACAAAUUAUA